AUGAUUUGUGCGCAUCAUAAAGCAUUAUGUCAAAAUUUCUUGCAAUGGAAAGUUGAUAUUGAUGAAAACGAUGCACAACUGAAAAUCCUAAAUGAGGCAGCUGUGUCACUUCGUGAGCGGCAUCAGAGCAUAACAGCGCAGUUGUCCAAAGGACCAGUAGAUUUUCAAACAGUGAUACAGUUGGAGGACGAAAUUAGAAAGGUCGAGGCACAGGUGAACAUGUGGAUACGGGAAUUGGCUGAAAUUAAUAAAGCACGAACUAAACUUGAGAUGAAGUUUGUGUGUUUACGAUCGGAUAUACGCUUGAAUACGGUGAAUAUUGAAGUAGCAAAUGUGGAUAUCGAUCGAAUUGAAUUAGACUAUCGUCAAAUGUGGAAUGAUUGCUUGUAUAACGAUGAUAGCAAUGAUGAUAAACCUAUUAGUAACGAUAACUGCCAUAAUUAA